AUGUGUCUGGAGAUUAGGUGCGAUCCGCGAUAUUACGCACAGCCCAGAUUAUGCAUUGUGGUGCAUUGUGGUGCUGUGAAUGUUGAGAUGGACUGUGCUUCCUCAGUGGACAUGAGCAAGGUGCUGGAGGAGAUGAGGACCCAGUAUGAGGGCAUGAUAACGAAGAACCAGAGAGAUGCUGCCAAGUGGUUUGAGAGCAAGGUGGAGGUGCUUCAGAACCAGAUCACCACCAGCACCACAGAGGUGAAGACCUCUCAGUCUCAGGUGACUGACCUGAAGAGGACCUUCCAGAGCCUGGAGAUUGAACUGCAUGGCCUGCUCACUCAGAAGGGGUACCUGGAGCAGAGCGUCGUUGAUAUAAACGGCCGCCACGGCUCCCAGAUGAGCCAGCUGCAGGUUUGUAUCAACAGCAUGAACGAGGAGCUGCAGCAGCUCAACGUCAGCAUCCAGCAGCAGGCCUCUGAGUACCAGAUCCUCCUGGACAUCAAGAUGAGGCUGGAGAAGGAGAUCACUGAGUACAGGAGGCUGCUGGAUGUAGAGGGACUCAGUAGGCAUGUGGAGACCAGACAGGAGGUCAGGAAGGUGAUCGUGGUCGAGAAGGUCCAAGAAGUACAACACGUCCAGGAAGUGGUGGAAGACCUAUGA